AUGAUGCGUAAUCGUGAUUAUCAUAAAAAACAAUCAUUUAAAAAUGGCUCUGAGUACCACUGGAGACUUUAUCAGGCCUCCAGGAACAGAGUCAAUAUUGAAAUUCGGAAAAGUAAAUCUCGCUAUUACUGCCAAAAAAUUGGCGAAUGUAAUAAGAACGAUCCAAAAACUACUUGGAAACUAAUUAAUUCUCUUAUUGGUCGUGUCAGCAAAACAAAACAUGUUAAUGAAAUUGAAAUUGACGAUGAAAUAAUUCGAAACGAUGAAAAUAUAUCUGAAGCUUUUAAUGAAUUCUUUAUUAAUAUUGGGCCUAAACUAGCCUCUGAAGUUUCAAAUCAGUCAACAAAUAAGGUUGAAACUUAUUUGGAAAACAACAAGUUAAUUAUUCCAUCCUUUCGUUUUAUGUUUAUUCCAGUGGACAAUGUUUUGAAAACUCUAAGACAUCUAAAUGUUUCGAAAGGCGCCGGUCUUGAUAAAAUUCCGGCUAAAAUGCUACGCAUUGCUGCAGAUAUAAUUGCACCCUCUUUAACUUAUAUUUUUAAUCUAUCACUUUCAACUGGAGUGUUUGUAGAAAAUUGGAAAUAUGCGAAAGUUAUACCGAUUUAUAAGGAAGGCAACAAACGAACUUUGGGAAAUUAUAGACCAAUAUCAAUUCUACCGAUAAUAA